UGCAGCUAAUAGUAUUCCAUGGCAGCUAACAAUGCAGAUCAGGUCGUCUUUGAUAAGGUUGCUGAAAUCAAUGCAUCCAAAGAGUCUUGGAACAUACGUGUUAAAGUCGUCAUGCUUUGGAAGCCGACUUAUAAAAACAAUCAUAAUAUGGUCACAAGCCUAGACAUGAUUUUAAUUAACCAGGAGGGAAGUAGAAUACAAGCAACAAUAAAAAAAAUCUUAUUCCUGUAUUUGAAUCCCUAUUCGAUGAAGGAGCUGUCCGGGAGAUCAAUAACUUCGCUAUGGCUAGCAAUGAAGGUGAAUACAUGCUUGUUCCUCAUAAACAUAAAAUCAAUUUCUACAAAACCACAAAAGUUCGUGUAUCUACUGAUUUUGUUGAUACAGUAGAUUCUUAUCAUUUUAUCUCUUUCCCAGAUUUGCUAGCCAGGAACUUUGACACUCGUGUUGCAUUUGAUUUUCUUGGUGAAGUUGUGUCAACUGAUCCCAUGCGAGUCAUUGUUGAGUAUGGAAAAGAGAAAAGGUUAAUGAAUCUGGUUGCUCAGGAUUUAAGUGGUACGAAAAUUGCAGUCGCUUUGUGGAACAGUUUUGCACUAAAGCUGAAUACUUACAUUUCACAACAUGCUAAUGACACUGCUCCUGUUAUUAUCCUGCUACGUUUGGCCAAACUCAAAAUUUGGGGUGGUCAACCUCAAGUUGGUAAUUGUUUGUUUGGGUCUAGAUUGCAUAUAAAUGAUGAUAUGCCUCAGAUUUUAGAGUUCAAAUCAAAUCUUAAUGCUUUGGAUACGAAUGUUGAGUCUUCUAGACGUACAUCCCAGCUCAACUCAGAUACUGUUGUCGCUAAUCCAGAGGAUUACUACCUCCGUUUUCAAAUAAAAAACAUUGAUGAGAUUCCUGAUUUUAAUGAGGAAGUUGGUUUAACCAUCAUCGCUACUAUCAUUGGUUUUGAUAUGGAUGAUGGUUGGAUUAGGAUAGUAGUUCGUGUGCAAGAUGAAAGUGGGUCUUCUUUGUUCGUAUUGUUUGAGCGUCAUGUAAAAGAUCUUAUUCAUCGUGGAAACCAAUGGUUGAUGGAAAAACUAGCUAAGGAUCAAGGGCGACAACAGAUACCUGAUGAGUUCAAAAUCCUUCUAAAUAAGAAGUUUGUCUUCAAAGUUCAGAUAUCCAUGUUCAAUCUGCAGAACAACUAUCGUGCUUACACUGUGCAUAAGUUGACUGAUGAUGAAAGGGUUCUUGCUGAGGUUUUUAAACGGUCACCAAAUCAUGAACACCAUAAUAUAAAUGAUAAUGGUACUCCUAUUAACAAGCCAAAUAAGGAAAAUACUAAUUAUGUGCAUGAUGACAAUCUUGAUGUUGUUGACCUUGAAGCUGUAACACCAUCAUCCAGUAUGGGGAAGCGCCCUAUUGAGAUUGAUGCCAACACCGACUGUUUGGAGUGGUCUUCUUCAAAAACUGGUGUUGUACGGGAUACCUUGAAGAUCCCAAAGUUGGAAAAGUUGGACUAAUAUGAAGCUGCCCAGCAAAAUUUUACAUAUCAUCUUCAAUAUGUUUAGAGACAUUUUCUUUUUAAUCUUUUGUGUGUCGCACUUUUAAUUGUCUGUUUAUGGAUCUUUUGGUAGUUUUUAAAAUUUUAUUGGGUUGUUAUUUGGUGUGAACACGAUGAUAGAAUUGAAAGUUAUGACAAUUUCAAGUUAUUGAACUGUUUUGAUUUAAUGC